AUGCGCUUGGCCAUUUUCCCAAAGAGCCUGUCGCUCCUCGCGGCACUCUUGUCCACGCGAGUCCCAUCGACGUGGGCAGUUGACUCGCCCUCCUCCUAUGGUAUUGGCGACUGCUUGAUGGAAAAUUGCCUUCCGAGUCAAUCAGGCUACCUGGAAGGGUACAAUUUCGACCCCGCCAUCGUCGGCGGCCCCACCUUCGGCCAGGUGUGGAACGCUCAGCCGUCGCAGGGUGAUCAGAUCCUCGCCCAGCCAAUCACUUACACGCCGUCCGGCGGUUCUCAGAGCGUCAUUGUUGCCUCGGAGAAGAACAUCGUCAGCGUCCUUGAUGCUGCCACCGGUGCGAUUCGCAAACAACGCACUGUCAACUCUCCCUUUGCUGCAGUCGAUACCAAAUGCGCAGAUCUGACGCCCAACAUCGGUAUCACGGGAACGCCCGUGUUGGAUCCUUCCAGCAACACCCUCUACUUCUGGUCCAAGACGUACGCCGACGGCACCACCAGCGGUCUCGACAAUGGUCGUUAUCGCUUCUACGGUGUCGACCCCGUAACACUACAGGACCGAUUCCCUCCCGUCGAUCUUCAAGGUACCCAAGCUGGCAAUCGCCCUGAUCAGUACUUUGAAGGUGGCAAAAACCUGCAGCGCACCGGCCUGCUUCUGGCCAACGGUAUCGUUUACGCCGGCUUCGGUGGCCACUGCGACAACUUCAACUACACCGGAUGGAUAGUCGGUAUGGACGCUAGCUCUGGAAAGUACGUCACCUCGUUCAGUACUCAGUCAGGACCCUAUGGCAAGACCGGCUCCGGCGUCUGGCAGGCUGGUGGAGGUCUCUCGUACGACGGCACCAACAUGUGGUUCGUGACCGGUAACGGCUUUGGCGAAGAGCUGGGAAAUCUCCCUCGUCUCGGACGCAAUCCCCCCGGUGCUCUUGCCAUGUCCGUAGUCAAGAUGCAACUCGGAAACUUGACUGCGGUCGACUUCUUCGCGCCUUCAGAUUAUCGAGCCAUCGAUGCAGCAGACCAAGAUUUCGGCAGUUCAGGUGUAGCUUUCUUGCCCAAAGGCUUCUCUGCUGGCAAUGUUGGUCGUAUCGCCAUCGCCAACGGCAAGAACGCCAAGGCCUACAUCAUGAACGCCGAUAACCUGGGAGGAUACAAGACCGGCAAUGGCGGCGGUGACGGCAACCUUCAGACCAUUCCUCUUGGCGGCCAGUCAUUCUCCACGGCAGGUGCGUAUCCACUCGAAGGCGGUUACGUCUACAUUUCCUCCACGGGCCAACCGACACUUGCGCUCAAGUUUGGCACCGAUGCUAGCGGCAAUCCGAACUUUGCCCAGGUCGGUCAGACCGAGGACGCAUCGACCAACAUUCGAGGUGUAGGACACACCACUACCACUUCCAACAAUGGACAAGCCGGAACGGGUCUGCUUUGGGUCACUGAUACCCAAAACGGUAACUUGCGUGCUUACAGGGCUAUCCCCGCUGCUGACGGCCUCUUGCACAGAAUCUUCGCGGGAAACAUCCCGGCUGGUGGCGCGAAGUAUCAGCGUCCCGUCCCAGGCAACGGAAGGAUGUUCAUCGUGUCGACACAGGGCUACGUUGCUGCCUUUGGUGCGCCUAUCAACCUUCCUCUCAACUGCACGUCGUCCGUCAACUUUGGCACGGUGACGAUCGGCAACAGCUCUACAUUGCCAGUCACCUGUCAGGCCGUGAUCAACACGCAAGUAUCGAGCGUCAAGAUCUCGGAUGCAGUAUUCAAGACGACUACGAUCCCGACGACGCCUUUGAUGGCCAACCAGGCCUUCGCCUUCAAUGUGACCUGGACUCCGACCGCUGCCGGUGUCGUCGCUGGCACUGUGACGUUCAACACGACCAACUCCGCAAAUGGUUACGUCAACACCGUUCCCGUGAUCCUGCGUGGUAACGCGGUGACCAGCGGCCCAUCUUUCGCGGUGACCCCAAACAACGUCGCCUUUGGCGGUCUCGUUCCUGGCGCGGCAGACUCGAUUGGCGGCCUCAACAAGUCGAUCUCUCUCAGCAAUGUUGGUCAGCAACCCCUGACAAUUACUUCGUGGGACUUUGAUGAGACUUACGGCGAGGUUGACGAUGAUGAUGACAACAACACACCAGCUCCUGCUGGUGACGUUGAUGGAGAGAUGGACAAGAAGACCACCACAGGUAACUUCACCCUCUACGCGAUGCCAAGUGCCAUCGCUAACCAGUCUUCCACUGCAUUGGUUAUCAACUUUAACCCCACUGUGAAAGGAUCCUUUACCGCCUCUCUCAAGAUUUUCACGACUGGUGGCAAUCAGACUGUGGUCAUCACCGGAAGUGCAGCAGGCGCUGCCGUCUUCACGUACUCGACCGACCAGUACGAUGGAACGGUGUUGAAAAAUGUGCCUUACAUGGACUAUGGCAACAGCCUGGCUGGCUCGAUCUCCGUUCAAUCUCUUCAUGUGACCAACGAUGGAGAAUCUGCCCUCAUCAUCAGUAAGAGCAAGCCGCCGACUAGCGACUUUUUCCACGCAACCAACCCCACUGGCGAUCUGACCGAAGGCGAAGCUCUUGAGCCAGGCGAAACGGAAUCGGCCGCCGUGCAACUUUCCUCGCCCGUAUCGCAGGUCAACGUCGCCCCCUACAACGUCUCCAGUGCCUGGGUCCUCAAUGGUAACGACCCCAACUUUGGCGUCCACUUUGUCAACAUGUCGGCGCGUAUUGUCUCACGACAGGUGGGACCAUUGAAUGCAACAACAUUUCCGGGUGAUGUCAACGGAACAGCACGAUACCAGUACCUGGGUUGCUUCGCAAACAAGGCGAACGGGGGAACGCUUCCCACCCAGCUGACUCCCUCGAAUAAGAACACUUUCGAGAACGGACAAUGCCAGACCUUGGCUAUGGGUCAAGGGAACAGCGUCAACUUCGUGGGCACCAUGUACGCUCAGGAAUGCUGGGCUGGAGCUAGCGUGCCAGAUCCGAAGCUCAAGGUCUCGGACGAGAUGUGCACCUAUCCCUGUGUGGGCGACUCAACCCAGUACUGCGGCGCGAGUGGCUAUCUCAACAUCUUCUAUGAUUCUACCACCUACAACGCGGCCACGGGUACUUUCGCACCUGGGGCAUACACAGGUCCCCAGACUGCGCCAAGCUCUGGCAACUACCAAUUUGUCGACUGCGUAUCUGACGCCCAGCAGAAUCGAUCGCUCUCUGGAGCUGCGUACACAAGCUCAACAGCCAUGUCGGUGGACAGUUGCGUCAGCUUCUGUUCUCAGAGAGGUUUCUCGCUGGCUGGUGUCGAGUAUGCUCAAGAGUGCUACUGCGGCAACGCCCUAGGCGCUGCAGCUCAGUUCAACCAAACCGGAUGCUCCAUGACUUGCAAGGGCAACAGGAACCAAUACUGUGGUGGACCAUCCCGACUAAACCUGUACGCUCUCAACGGGAAUGUAAACGGCGGCGUUCCGCCUCCGGCUUCUACCACGACGACCGCAUCGGCGUUUAGCACUUCCACGGCCUCGGGCUCGUCCUCAUCCAGCUCCACAGCCUCGAGCACGUCUUCGGCUGCCGCACCAACAUCGACAGUUCCGUCCAACACCGCCUACAAGGGCUGCUACUCUGACUCGACCGUUCGCCGUGCUUUGCCGUUCAGCGCCAAAGGUGGAACAGUCCAAGCUUGCCGCUCUGCGUGCACAUCUGCAGGCUAUUCGAUUGCUGGUCUCGAGUACUACGGAGAAUGCUGGUGUGGAAACGCCCUGGCCGGAGGAUCCUCGAUCCAACCCGAUACCGAUUGCAACUUGCCGUGCAAUGCGGACUCUUCGCAGAUCUGUGGUGGUAGUAACAGACUGUCCGUUUACUCGGAUGCCGCCCAGGUAGCCAUGGUCUCGCAGCCUGCUCAAGUAGGCAGCUGGAACUCGCUCGGCUGCUAUGUCGACAGCACUGCCAACCGUGUCAUCAACGAUAAAGUGCCACAACUGGGCUCGAAGACGUCCAUCACCUCGUGCUCUCAAGCAUGCGCUGGCUACAACUUUUUCGGUGUCGAAUACGGCCAAGAAUGCUACUGUGAUCAACGCAGCUGCCACGAGCACCAGUUCCACGUCAUCCGCGACCAGCACGACGAUGAGCUCUUCCUCGACUUCGACCGCGUCGUCUACGACGACAUCGACUACAACUUCGUCUUCAAGCUCUACUUCUUCUACUACUUCGAGCACCACGACCAGCAGCGUGUCGUCCACAACUUCAUCCUCCAGCACCACGUCUUCAAGCACCACGUCUUCGAGCACCACGUCUUCGAGCACCACGUCUUCGAGCACCACGUCGUCGACAACGUCUUCUGCUGCCUCUUCGGCCACUUCAUCCGCCAGCACGAUAACCUCGAGCUCGAGCAGCAGCAGCAGCACGAGCACAACGUCGAGUGCACAGCCGUCUGCCACGCUUCCUGCUACGGUCAAUCCGGUUGCAACAUGGCAUGCAGUGGAGACAGCAAGCAGAUGUGCGGUGGAUCGAACCGAAUCAACAUUGCUCAGGAUACGCAGUGGAAGCAGAGCUUCUUCACAGUGAACAAAGCGGCGCUGUGGCGAUUUGCCGACUGCUACGUGGACUCGACGCAGAGCCGCGUGCUGAACGUCACACUCACGCCGCUCAAUGCAACGGUGGAAGGCUGCUUGGGCGCUUGCAAUGCCAAGAACCUGACUCUGUGCGGUGUCGAAUACGGAGGCGAAUGCUACGGUGCUUGGCAGCUCCCCAGCACGGCUCAGAUCGCUCCCAGCACCGGUCAAACCAACUCGCUCGGACGUGGCUGCAACAAGCCCUGCAACGGCAAUUCGACCAUCGCAUGUGGUGGCUCAAGUCGCCUGAACCUAUACACGCUCAACGCGACGCUCCCCUUCGUCCGUCCUUCGCAGCUGGACUACCUGUCCUGA